AUGCGCGCAAAGCAUCCUCGUCAAAGAGGGAGCCUAGCACCAAUAUCAGCUAUUCUGUAUGGUCCUAAAUGGCUUUCUGAAGAUGUAGGUGCCUUCUGUCAGGACUCUGAGAUAUAUUUGCAGGAUCCUCUGGGUUGCGAUCGAGACGUACUUUACUGCAACCCUCACCGUCUCUCCUCAAACGAGGCCGCAUGCUGUACGACUUUCGAGCUACAGAUAGCCAGUAGUGACGUAGUCGUGACCCAAUUACAUAUUGCAGAUGCACUGGAUUUUCUCAACACCCCAAGAGCACUUGGUGAAUUGGAAACACCCUGCUGGUUGAAGACCAAACUAUUACCGCACCAGCGACAAGCCUUAUACUUCAUGUCCAAGCGAGAGAUGGGCUGGGCUCUCGAAGACGGAGCUUGCGAUGUGUGGACGGAGCUUAUACUCAACAGAUAUCGCAACAAUGUCACUGGUAUCGUGCAGACAUGUAAACCGAGUUCAUUCAAGGGCGGCAUUCUAGCAGACACGAUGGGGCUAGGAAAGUCUCUCAGCAUGAUUGCCUUGCUUACGCAUGGUAUUGACUCUUUGGACGAGGGCGAUCUGUUUACUAGACCAACGUUCACAAGCCAUCGCGAUGUCGACGCUACAUUACUUAUUGUACCACCUUCUCUUUUGCAAACAUGGGAAGAACAAUUUCAAAAACAUUCGCGCGACAUAACUUUACUGAGAAUAAGACGACAUCAUGGCGCCAACCGGAUCACUACUAUUGAAGAGGCUCGUGCACAUCGUCUAGUGUUGACAACGUAUCAAACAGUGGAAACGGAGUUUAGGGACCGCUCGUCUUUAGCAGCAUCACCUCUCUUUACGAUCAAUUGGCGGCGCAUCAUUCUAGAUGAAGCGCACUACAUCAGCAACCACCAAAGCAAUACAUGCAAAGCUAUAUGUACUCUGGAGGCUCAAGCGCGUUGGGCUGUCACUGGAACGCCAUUGCAAAACAGGCUCGGAGAUAUCGCGACGUUAUGUCAAUUCCUACGCGUUCAUCCAUACGACAACCGAGAAACAUUUAACAAAGACAUCAUCGACCCAUGGAAGGCUGGUGAUAACACCACUGCUAUCUCUCGGCUUAAGCGACUUCUCCGGUGCAUUCUUUUGCGACGUAGCAAGGGAUCUGUUCAGUUGCCAGCAAGGACCGACCUGAGACUUACGCUGCAGUUCAGCGAAGAAGAGCGACAACAUUAUGUAACAGCAGAGAGUAAUGUUGCAAGGUCUAUCGAUGCAGUAUUAGGUGCAAACACCAAUACAGCGUUGAAGGUCUCUAGUAUCAUCCAACAGAUCAACGAGCUUCGUCUAAUCUGCAACCUUGGCACCUAUCGCAAAUCACCAAAUCCAGUUACAUUUUUCGACAACACUACCUGGAAUACACGUGUAGCUCAGAGAGCUAUAAACGCACUAACAGCGACAAAUGGAAUGUAUUGCAACAGCUGCGGCGAGAUACAGGACGGCACACGAUAUGGCAACAACUUCGGUGCGAACCUUGGUCUAAAUGAGACCCGACUUUGGCUCUUCUCUUGCUCUAGCAUCGCCUGUGAGACUUGCAUGGCACAAAAUCCAUUGACUAGUUGUAGUUGCGUGAGUCGAUGUCCCGUUGCUAUUGUCACACAUACGCCUGGGAUGAUGGACUCGGGAGUCUCAACUCCAGUUGAAUGGCCUUCAGAUACAGAAGAUGUCUUGCCUACCAAGGUCAACGCGCUCGUUGCUGACCUGCUCAAGCAACCGUCGGAUACUAAAAGCAUCGUCUUCACAUUCUGGUCAUCGACACUUGAUCUCGUCGAAAAAGGAUUAUCGCGAGCUUCAAUCACCUUUACACGCUACGAUGGCAAUACAACGCCCACCAAUCGGUCUCUAGCGUUAAACAACUUUCGUCGAGACCAAAAUAUCUCUGUGAUCCUCAUGACCAUUUCGUGCGCCGCAGUCGGGCUAGACAUCACUGCGGCAAGCCGCGCCUACAUUAUGGAGCCCCAAUGGAAUCCUACAGUCGAAGAGCAGGCGCUGGCGCGCGUGCAUCGUAUGGGUCAGACGAAAGAGGUGACCACGAUUCGUUUUGUCAUGGCCGACACUUUCGAAGAGAGGGUCAUAGAAACGCAGCAGCGAAAAAGAGAACUUGCAGAGCUGUUGCUAUCGACUGAGCCACACGCAGAGUCAGAACAUAGUCUCGAUCGACUGCGAUAUUUCCGGUCUUUGCUCAAGUGA